AAAAGAGGUUACGCUCUCCCCUCGGGCAGGGGCGUCGGCGUCGGGUGCGUGGGCCCCUGGCUCCUUUCCGCCCGCCACACCCUGUGGGCCCUUUUGGCACUUCAGGUCGGACUUUGGGUCUGCAGCAGAGAAGCGGCAUGGAAGCCGAGGACCUCCGGGAGGAACUGACCUGCUCCAUCUGCCUGGACUAUUUUGAGGACCCGGUGUCCAUCGAAUGCGGCCACAACUUCUGCCGCGCCUGCUUGCGCCGCAGCUGGGCUCAAAGCAGCUGCUCUUUCUCUUGCCCCGAGUGUAGGCAGCCGUCGGGGCCCGGCGCGCUGCGGCCCAACUGGGCGCUGGCCAGGUUGACGGAUAGGACGCGGCGCCGCUGCCAGCUCCCGGUGCCCUCAGGCCUGUGCAGACACCACCGGGAGCCGCUGCGGCUCUUCUGCGAGGACGAUCAGCGGCCAGUGUGCUUGGUGUGCAGGGAGUCCCAGGAACACCAGGCCCACGUCAUGGCUCCCGUCGACGAGGCCUCCGUAAGCUACCGGGAGAAACUUCUUAUGUCUCAAUGUAGUCUCACGGCCAAGAUGAAGAAAGCCAUGCAGUUACAGGAGACAGAAAUGAAGAAUACUACAAAGUGGAAGGUGCAGAUAAAGAAUCAGCGAACAAGAAUCAGUACAGAGUUUUCAAAGCUGCACCAGUUCCUGGCUGAAGAAGAGCUACUCUUUCUUCAGAGACUGAGUGAAGAAGAAGAAGAGACAAAGAGUAAACUGAAGGAUAACAUGUUAAGGCUCAAUGAAACAAUCGCUUCUUUGAAGAAUCUCAUGUUAGAAGUUGGGGAGAAGAGCCAGGCCUCUACCCUGGAAUUGCUCCAGGUAAGACAGGCACAGGAGAGGAUAAUCUCUAUCCUUAUUUUAAUAGAAGACAUGUUUUCUCUUUUGGCUGUAAGUGUAGCUGAAGUCACAGCUCAUCCGAAACUUGUUUUCUCCCAGGAAGGGAGAUACGUGAAAAAUGCAGCAUCAGCCAGUUCAUGGUCUGCAACGUGGAACUACUUUGUUGGAUGGAAGAAUCCUCUGAGGACCACAGACCUUGUAGAGAGAUUUCAACACUUACCCUGUGUUCUGGGAAAAAAUGUUUUCACCUCAGGGAAGCAUUACUGGGAAGUUGAGAAUAGAGGUAGCCUGGAGAUUGCUGUGGGAGUGUGUCAGGAAGACAUCAUGGGGAUUACUGAUAGUUCAAGUAUGUCUCCCCAUGUGGGAAUCUGGGCUAUUUAUUGGAGUUCUGCUGGCUAUCGGCCCCUGUCAAGACAUCCUUUAACUCUUCCCAGGCAAGAACCAGUUCUUCACCGGGUGGGGGUUUACCUAGACUAUGAGGCUGGCAGUGUCUCCUUCUACAGUGCAGAAGAUGGACUGCUCCUACAUACUUUUUCUUGUUCUUUUGUCUCCCGGCUCCGGCCAUUUUUUUGGUUGAGUCCAUCAGCAUCUUUAGUCAUCCCAGCAAUGACUUCUGGGAAAUGAGCCUAUUCUUCCCCUGCCUAGAAGUCCUUCCCUGUACCCUAGCUCAGUGACACACGUACCCUGGCUUCCUUUGGUUUAAUAUGCCUAUGUCUUGAGUAGCCCACUUCUGUGUCUCACUAAUUGAACCCUUUGGUAUUCACCCUGUAUGUACUUGAGAAGAGGUGGGUCCAUGGGAAGUAAUUCAGGCCAGAGAGGAUGGGACAGGAAAUUUUCCCAGGUCAUUCAGGGGAAUGUUUUUAUAGCUUUUAAAAAACGUAUUUUAGAAGAUAUAGCCUGUCCCCAUCCCCACUUCAAUGUUAGCAGGUAUUUUGGAACUGAGAACACAGGAAGAGUGGAAAGGUAGAAGAAAUACAGGGUUUUUUUUUUAAACAGUCUCACUCUGCUGCUCUGGGUAGAUUGCCAUGGUAUUGCAGCCUGUAGCUA